AAUUGACAAUUCAUGAAAUUUGUUUGUUGCUCUAGAAAAUAUUGUUUGUGUUUUUGUUAAAAAAAAAAGAUAUAAAUUAUUUUAAAAAAAUGUCGCGUGAAGAAAAACAAUUAGAUGCCACUCUGGAUGCAGUGUUAAAUCGUUUAAAUGAUUUGAAAAUGUCCAUUGGAGCCAUGAUACAUAAAUUAGAAACGGAAUACGAAACCAUCAGUUGGCCACAAUUUCUCGAUAAUUUUGCCUUAAUCUCCAGUCAUCUUACCGGUCUAUCGAAAAUCUUGUCGAAAGAAAUAUGUCCACCCCUAAGAAAUCGUACUGUUCUGCCACUAAUACUAUCACCCGAUAGGGAUGAAAUUUUAGUGAAUUUGACUCAAGGAAGAGUUCCAGUUUUUUCACAUGAUAAUGUACCAGACUAUUUGCGUACUAAACCAGCACCGCUGGCUGAACAGAAAAUGUUACAAAACGAACAAAAAGCCAAUAGUCUGACAAAUGAAGCGGCUAGCAAACAGGUGGCUCAAUACAAUAAAGUUGUGUCUCAUGUCUUGGAAAUAGUUAGCAAACAACGUGAAGACUGGGAAAUAGACUCUUCAUCGAGAGCUGGUAUACAACAGACGAGUAGUAUGGCUGAUACACAUGCUCUGGUGGCAGCAGUCGGUAUGGGUAAAGGCUUAAAAUUAACUAUGCCUAUGUCAAUACCCGGUGGUGGUCCUGGCAGUAUGAUGGUACCACCCGCCAUAAGACCACCAGCACCUAUGAGUUCGGUUAGUCCUGGCGGUGUCAAUCAACUGGGCAAAGCUCCUUCGGCUAUUAAGACCAAUAUUAAGUCAGCUAUGCAAGUGCAUCCAUUUCAAAGAUAAGGAUGUAGUUUGGUUAAAGGUUUGUUAGUUUUAAAAAUUUAAUAAAAUAGCAGUAAUAAAGUUAAAUUUUGCGAAAAAAAUAAAAUAUUUAUUUCAAACAAAUUAAAAAA